GCGCUCUGUCCGUCCUUAUCCGUUCCCACUUCUCCCUAUCAGUCUCAAUUCUCGGCAAAUGUUAAAAUUUCAAUCCAACGGCUCACGCUGGGGAAUCCUUCUCCCCCGGAUCACGAAUUCACGAUCCGAAUGAAUCCUAUUUCCCUCAAUCAAAGCUCGACUUUUCCAUUUCUAAUUCCUUUAUAUGUCGCUUCAUCUCUUCCUAAAAAAACUCAAAUUUCUCCAGUUUCCCUUCAUUUCUCAUUAUCCAAUACCUAAAAUCUCAUUUAUUUGAUCCUUCAAUUCUCUGUCACCACUAUGGUCGUCAAAGCUCCGGAGAAGGGCAAAGCCAAAGCUUGGAAGGAGCCAAAAUUGCAGAACACUGCCCCUGCUCCCAAGAAACCGAGAGCCCAUCCUCCGUACAGCAAGAUGAUAAAUGAGGCUAUAAUGGCGCUGAAAGAAAGAACCGGGUCGAGUCAGAUCGCAAUUGCCAAGUUCAUCCAAGGAAAGCAAAACCCUAACUUGCCUGCUAACUUCAAGAAGCUAUUGCUUAUUCAACUGAAGAAACUUGUUGCUAGUGGCAAGCUUGUUAAAGUCAAGAACUCCUUUAAGCUCCCUCCCAAAACUACGAAUGUGAAAGCUCCGGUCAAAGCGAAGGAAAAGACUGAGGCUCCUGCUAAGCUUAGGGGCACAACAGUGAAGCUGAAGGCUGUAACUGAGGCAAAGCCAAAGAAAUCGCUUAAAACUGCAGCCGCGAAGUCUGCUGGAAAGAAAGCCCCAAAAUCUCCGAGAAAGAAGGGGUCAGUUUCUGCUAAGAAGAAGAUGCCAAUGAAAGAAAUGAAAAAGCCAAAGAGUAUUAAAUCACCAGUCAAGAAAGCGACGGUUAAGAAUGUUGAGCGGUUUUCGUGAUAGAAUUUGUAAAUUUAGGGGUUUGAGUGUUGACUGUGGUUAGUCAGUUCGUUAGCCUUUCCAACAUAGAUUUGAGUUGGAAAAAAAAAAUUCAAUGGGGUGCAAAUUUAGUAGAAUGCAAUGGCUUUAACUCUUUUUGUCUGCUAA